AUGGGACCCAACUGGUUGCCCCAUGGUUCACUGCCUUCUUGCAACAAGAAGGCAACACGGUCCAAUGCAACCGGUCCUAAGGCUGACAACUACGGCACUGCCGGAGUCGGUCCACCUGACAUUUGCAAUGUCAGGUCAACACCAGACCUUGUUGCGUCCCCAUCCCACACAUGGAUGUUCCCGGAUGUGUGUGUACUCACUGCUAUGGGUCUACCCAGCAGUUAUCCCCCUGGAUCCCAUGAUCAGGGCACACCUCACUCUCCUAGUGAGUCAGGUAGUGAUGAGGACAGCAUCCUCAAAUAUGUCCCGACCCUCAUCCUGAAGGUCAGCACACUUUUGCAUUCAUGGGGGAUGCACAGCACAUCUGGUGCUGAUCUCCAUGUUGACCCCCUUCAGAGGUGGAAUCAGAUUGCAAUGCUGAACUCUGGAGAGUCUGCAAAGGACUUACUCAUCCCUCCCAUGUCUUUGAAUGGGAGAGGCACUUGGAAAGGAGGUUCAAACGAGAGUUUGGAUGUUUUCCCAGACAGUGGCCAGGUCACCAUCUGGUCUGCAGUUUCCGCCACAGAAACUGUGCUGACUACCCUGGUCCCAACCUUUCCCUCUCAUUGCGAGAGGUCAAAGACAUUCUAUCCGACAGUCUUCCAUCCAGUUUCAUGCCGGAAUGAGGGCGGCUCAGCUUCAGCUGAGUGCCAGCUCACCGAAGUGCCCUGCACUUCGGUUUCUUCUAGGGCCACUAAAUCUCCAGCCUCUGCCCUUUCCUCUCAGUCUGGGAGGACAGCGAUAGUCCCUAUGACCACUUCCCCACUGUUUCUGGUUGGGGGAAAGCACUUACCAACCCAGGCUGGGUGCCAGUUCACUGAGCACCCACACACUUUGACCCUUUCUGGGUCAAACUGUCCAGUGGUUUCUACCACUGUUCCUGGGCAUCCAGCUCUACCUGCGCACGUAGGAAUGACACAGGAAACGUUUCCUAUGUCAUUUCCAGCCCAGGAAGAUGGCUUUUCAGCCAUUGCUGGUUGUUGGCCCUCAGGGCCAACUUGCGCAGACAUUCCAACUCGGUCUAAGGAAGUAGGGGUUCUAACCCCUACUCACUCUUGCUCUGGGUGGACACAAAUGGCAUCUCAAGCCAUCUCCUUACUGGGUUUGGGCCAGACGGAUGGCAGCUCAACUGCUGGUUAUCCAAUCAUUGAAGCGCUGCCCACUUCAACAUGUUCCGAGCCUGAAAAGGCUCCCCCUUUUUCUCCUGAACUUGGAAUUGUCCCAGAUUCCCUCAUAUGCUCUCUGUCUCCUGAGGAACCCCAAAUCCUGGAGUUCCAAGAGGAGAGUGAGUCUUCUGGGGACAACUCUGUGCUUGCCAUUCUGGCAAGCACAAUUCUUCUUCUGCCCAGUCGGCAUACUGGGCUGCAUCACCUGCAAUCAGCUGAAAAGGCUGAUCGCCUCCCUUCAUAUCUGAAGGGAGAACGUGACUCCAAAGUGAAGAUCAAGUGA